UAAGCUAAAAUAAUUUUUAGGAUAUAUUCCUUACGACCUAUCUUCCUACCCAUCCUGAAUAAUAAACAAAUUGAAGAAAAUUGGCGCGAGUGUUUAGAAGUGAAACAUGUCUGUUGAACAUUAUAGCUUUAAUUUUCUAGAGGAAAUUUAUGUUUUUAUGAUUGAUAUUUUCUUGCUUUUAAAUAUUUAAUGAAUAUUACCCCUUUAUUAUAAAAUGGAUUCGUAUUUUGAUAUUGAAGCUGUUAAUAAUUUGGGGACUUUGAAUUCAUUUGGGGCUUCAUUUACUUCUCUUAAAUUAAUUGCACACCCUCAUUUUCACUCAAAUAAAUUUUUAUAUGUUUUCUUCGCUAGUACGAGUCAGAUUACUUGCUAUAAACUUUUUGAUAAAAAGCCAAUUUUGAGUUCCGAACAUAGUUCAAAAGAAAAUAUUCAUAAUUCAUCACUGGCUACAUUUUUACAUUUUCAGCAAACAUUACGCUUUUGUGUACCUCUUUUGGAUAUAACUUCAACUAAUGAUGAUGUCUGGGCUAUAGGAAAUAACUGCCUUUUGUCUAUUCGGAACGUUUUUGAGAAUAAGAAUUCCGUUCAAACUGAUGAUUGCAUGGAACCAUCUAUGAAAAGAGAAUAUCCUUUUUAUGGCUUUGAAACACUCGUGAGUGCAAACAGUUUUCAAGAGCACAUUUUCCAAAAGAACUUUUACUGCUUCAAGUGUGAUUUAAUUGAGAAUAGUAUUUUAGUAUGUCAUGAAAAUACAGAGCUAUCUUCAUGGCAAAUUGUCUUAGUCAUUAACAGUUCUACUUCUACACGGAAUAAUUUGGAAUGUAUUAAACUUUUGAGCUUUCCUUCAUCAUAUUCAAGUGAAAAUGCAUUGUGGGGAAGUAACAAAGAAAGAGUUGGGAAACCAGAAGUCUUAUUUUCUGAUUCCAAGCAUCCUCUAUGGAAAAAUAUUUGUGAUUCUAAGACCAGAUCACUUUCAAACUAUGUGGUCUUAAUAGCACAACCAGAUGGAACCAUUCUUUAUUCUUUGUGUUCAUGGGCCUGUCAAAGGAAAGAAUUCAAACAAGUAUCUUCAUUACAAAAAUUGUGCAAACUGGAGGAGCCUAUUUUAUGCUUUUGUUUCAGGGAAAACAUUGUAAAAUCCAUAAGAUCAAGUUUCAUGAUUAUAAUUGGAGAAAAAGGUAAAUUACUUUUAGUAACAUCUGAAAAACUGCCCAGUGAUGCUGAUUCGAAUCAACUUGUAAAUGGUCUAUGGAUUUUAUCUUGGCAACUGCCUUCAUCUGUUCAGAGUUUCAUCAUUUUGGAUGAUUGCAUAAUUUAUUGUUCAUUUAAAGGAGAAGUAUGGAUAACUAAGUUUUAUGCAAAUGAUUCUCAGGAAGAUGGUAUUGGGAAUCAGUGCAUAAAAAUUACAAAUAGAGCAUCUGAUUUUAAAAAUAUAUGCAGCCUGUCUUUGAUUAACAAAGAAGAUGGGCUUUUCAUAAUGGUUACAAACACUGGUAAUAUGUAUUUGAUGAAGUAUUCAAAUAAAACAAGCCUUCUUAACAAUAGAUCACUGCCUGUUUUGAUGAAUGGAAUAUUGGAACAGAGUAUGUUGUUGAAGGAUUUAGCAUCAGUGAAACAUUCCCAAAGUCGAUUAUUUGUUGCAUUAUCAACAUUUGCUAAUAUAAAAUUUGGAGCAAUUAAUAAACUUCGUUUGGAUUGUAAAAUAACUGAAGUAGAAGACUUUUCAAAAAAGUUAUUAAUAAAUAUAAGCUUGGAUGGAUUACAGCACUUCAACCUGGAUACCGAACUUUGGAUGAUUUCCGCAUCAAUCUUCAGCAAUUUUCAGACAGAUUCAGCAAUUGUUACAAAAUGUUCACCUUUAGUAUUAGGCCAAACUUUGCAUCUUGAAGUCUUAGAAUCCAAUUUUUGUCCAUCUUACAGCUCUCUUUUUCCUUUAUACCUUGAAGUUGGUCUAAUUCUAAGAGGGCCAAAAAGUUUUAUGUCCAUUGACUGCUUUACCGACAUAGUAAAAAAAUUACCUCUUUAUAUCAAGACUAAUACUGCUAUAUUGACUGAAUUAUAUUUAUUAAAAAAUAAGUCUAAAAUUCUCCAAAAUUCAAGGCUCAAGAAUGCCCAAAAUAUAAACAUUUUACAAGAAAUAUCAAAUAAUAAUGCCAGAAAUCCUUUAUAUAAAAAAGAAAAUCAUGUUCCUGAAGUAUUUAUUCCAAUUUUCAAUAAAUACACUUAUUGUCUCUUAGAAUCUACAGCUGAAGAGUUUGUUAAAAAUCUAAAUAAAGAGGUAGGAUUGGAGGAGUCCAUUUUCCAGGCAAUUUUGGAGAGAGGCUCUUUAUCACCAAACAGCGAUGGUAAUAACUUACUGUGUCGAGAUCAGUCUGUUUCGUUGUCUGUGUUCCAAAUAGAAAAAAUAGUUAACAUUAAUAUUACUACUGAAUCUAUGACUAUAUUGGGUUUGAAAACAGCAAUUGCAGAACUUCUCCUAAGCAAUCAACCUAAAUCAAUCUAUGAAGCUUCCAACUGUGUUAGUAUACCUGCUAAUAUUUUAAAGAAGUGUGAGGAGUUAUCAAAAGAGUUAAGAAGUAUGUAUGGGCAAAAUGUCAAUGCUAAUGAUUUUCUAGGAAGAAUUUUCAAAAUAUAUUGUAAAUUAAGAAAAGAAGUUUCAGAAAAAUUACCCUUGUGAUCUAUGAACAUAUGCUAAUAUAUACAUAAUAUAUUUUUCUGGU